GUAACUUUUAGAUACUCGAGCUAGAGUCGCAUCUUAUCCUUAUCAAUAUUUUUUUCGGUGUCAUUAGGCAUAUUUGGGUAGCUACACAAGCUGCACAUUUCCCACCGUCCAUAUCAUAUAAACCACAUAAACUAUAUAUAUAUAUAUUCUAAUUUUGCGCUAGAGUUAUCUACUGUAGCACAGUUCCCGAGCCCACACUCUACUACAACCAUAAUCAUGGCUGCAAAGAAGAUUAUCAUAGACACCGACCCAGGGGCCGACGAUGUCAUAGCUAUGCUUCUCGCUCUAGCUUCUUCGCCUGAAGAGCUAGAAGUGUUAAUGAUAUCUGUGACUUACGGAAACGUAACUCUAGAUAGCUGCUUACGAAAUGUGGUCGGCAUGUUCAACGUUCUCGAUCAAGAAAUGGAGUGGCGCAAAUCUCAAGGCAGACCUCUAGGGUUUGAGGGCCUUCGAACGUACAAGCCGAUUGUCGCUGUUGGCCCCGAACAUGCUCUAGAAGACGAGAUGCUUAUGGCCGAUAACUUUCAUGGCGCUGAUGGCUUACAUGGUGUCCAUGAGGCCCAUCCUCAUCUAUCUCCAGCUGAUACUUGGAAAGCUCUUUUCAAAGAUGGGCUCCCAGGCCCAAUCGAUGAGCCUUCUUAUCUGAAAUAUUUCACACCUUCGAAAACCCCGGCACACCAAGAGAUCCUUCGAAUCCUGAAGGAGGAACCGGCCGACACGGUCUCAGUCUGUGUUCUCGGCCCUCUAACCAAUCUAGCGCUAGCUGCUUCGGAGGACCCCGAAACCUUUCUCAGAGUUAAGGAGAUAGCAGUCAUGGGAGGUGCCGUAGAAGUCGAGGGUAAUGUUACGCCGGUUGCCGAGUUCAACACCUAUGCCGAUGCCGUUGCUGCUGCUCGGGUAUUUGCGUUGACAUCACCCACCCCGGCGUCCACGAUGCCUCCCGUACCCAAGGAUAAGACGACUCUACCACCAUAUCCCGAGAAGCUUUCCAAAACUUUGAACGUGAAGCUAUUCCCUCUUGAUAUCACCACACCUCAUCUUUUGAACAUGGGCUUCUUUGUAGAGAAGAUCGAGUCUCAACUCGCUGGAGGAAGCCCCUUAGGAACAUGGGUUAACACAUUUAUGUCUGGUAUCUUCCGUCAAAUCAUCUCGAUGGUCGGCAACAAAGUGGAACCAGGCUUAUCGCUCCAUGACCCCUUGACUGUUUGGUACAUGCUCACAGGUUCGGAUCCGGCAUGGAAGUUAGCCAAGAAUGCACCGGAGGAUAUCCGCAUCGAGACAUCGGGACAGUGGACCCACGGGAUGCAUGUUUCGGAUCGCCGCGGUCGAACGCGUCCUGAUGGAGUAACCGCCUUCGAGGUCCCAGGAGACAAGGAUGGGUGGCUAAGUCUGAAGAGAGGCAAUAGAAUUAACAGGUACGUCAGCAGCCCUGGCGAUAUGGCAUUCGCGCCAUUCCUAAUGGAGCGUUUGUUCGGGUAAGAGGGACAAGGAGCACGAUAGUUUGGUCACAUAUAUCGAUAUGACAUGGAAGGUCAAUGAAGGUGUCAGCAGGGCGUAAAUAUAUGGGUAUCAUUAGGCAAGAGCAUACCCUAAGAGUAAAGCUUCUAGAAUCCCCCCUCAUGUAAAUGCAAUUAUUUCCUUCCCCAACGCCGGU